ACAACCUUACAGCCAGAAUGCCACCUCAGAGCAGGCGAUCCAAAAUUGACCAGGCAAGGCAUUAUCUGUCUGGAGGCGGCGUGCUUCGAGAGGACUCCGACGACGAACUUGGACUCGAAGAUCAUCCCUGGGAAUGGGUAUAUGGUGAUGAGCAGAAAACAAUCAUUGGCGCCCGCAUGGGCACUUUCGAAUGCUUUCUAGGCGACGCUGUCCUGUUGAAAGCUCCAACAAGCAAUGAGGCAUGGGUCGCGAUCCUUUACGACUUCCUGGAAGGAGAAGAGAAGGACGAAGACGGCCAUGUCACAAUUGAAAAGCAGGCCACCAUGCUGUGGUUCUCCUCAGAGAAAGAGAUCACGAGUAAGAAAAGACGUACGGACUUUUUAGACAACGAGCUGUACAUCACAGCCAAUUUUGACAACAAUGCUUUGACAACGAUCAACGGCAAGGCAUCAGUGUAUUCGCCUGAAACCUUCGAGAAGAAAUUUCCAAGCGGCAAGAUCCCUCGAAAUUCAAAGGCGCAUGGAAAGACGUUUGUGUGCAGAAGAGGUGUACAACCGCGGACAGCAAGCUAUACUGAAGAGUUCGUGUGGGAGGAAGUCUACAGCGGCAAGGACGAUAUGGACGAUCUGGUCAAGUUGGUGGAGUCUCAGACUGUCAAAACACGCAAACGAAGAGCGCCCGCGAAGAGUCGAGACUUGGACGACUUUGUGGACGAUGAGGACGAUGAGCCGCAAACACCUCGCAAGAAGCGAAAGCUCAACUCUGCAACGCCAACGCCAACUCCAUCCAAAGCGAAACAGCUGACACCUCGAAAAUUGGUCACCCCAUCCGGUCGCAAGAUUGCUACGAAAAAGGCAUUGGAGUUCACUCCUCUUGGUACAAGGAUGCUGUCUCCCUCGCAAACACAGUCAUCGCCAUAUCAGCUUGCGAGGUCAAAGCUACAUGUUUCAGCCGUUCCUCAUGCUCUUCCCUGCCGAGAGACUGAGUUCGACACGGUAUAUUCGCACCUAGAAGCUGCUAUCACAGCAGGUACUGGGUCUUGCAUCUACAUUUCUGGCACUCCUGGAACAGGAAAGACAGCUACCGUAAGAGAAGUCGUCGCUAGUCUGCAGUCCGCAGUGACAGAAGAGCAACUGGACGAUUUCCAUUUCGUGGAGAUCAACGGCAUGAAAGUCACGGACCCACACCAAUCCUACAGUCUAUUGUGGGAAGCCCUGAAAGGCGACAGAGUGAGUUCGUCUCACGCUCUGGAGCUGCUCGAGCGCGAGUUUACUACACCAAGCCCUCGAAGAGUUCCUUGUGUGGUUCUCAUGGACGAGCUUGACCAACUUGUCACCCGUAACCAGGGUGUCAUGUACAACUUUUUCAACUGGCCGCAGCUCCGACAUUCUCGACUCAUCGUGCUCGCAGUAGCGAAUACAAUGGACUUGCCAGAACGAACUCUCUCGAACAAGAUCUCGAGCAGACUUGGAUUGACAAGAAUAACAUUUCCGGGCUACACCCAUGUCCAGCUCAUCAAGAUCAUACAAAGUCGACUAGAGGGCGUUGGCACAGGUCAAGUCGUCGUCGAACCUGACGCUGUGCAAUUCGCUAGCCGAAAAGUCGCUGCUGUAUCUGGCGAUGCUAGACGAGCAUUGGAUAUAUGUCGAAGAGCAGUCGAGAUCGCAGAGCAAGAAAUCAUCGACCAAGGCCCAAUUGGCAAAGAGAACCAAGCUCCGGACGGCACGCCUAGCAAAACCCCAACAAAGCAGCAAAAAGCAGUAACGACUGCAAACCAACCAAGAAAAGGCCUCGUCACAAUCGCAACCAUCAAACGCGCCAUCAACGAAGCAACCUCAACCCCUCUCGCAGCCCAUCUUCGCUCUCUUCCAUUAUCAAAUAAAGUCUUCCUCGCAGCCUUACUCGCCAGACUCCGUCGCACAGGAAUCACAGAAUCCACACUCGCAGACAUUGUAGAUGAAGCCCGAGUCAUGGGGAUCAUGGGCGGCCAGAACAAGGAUAUCGAGACAUACUUACUUACACCAGAUGCGAGGCCGGAACCAGAUGUGGAAGAGGAAGCAGGGAAUCUGAUGACGCCUUCGAAACGGGGGAGGAAAGUUGCCAAGAAAGAGAUUGAGCGUGCUCCGAGGAUCUUGGCUUUUGGAUCUGCUGCGAGGGAAUUGGCUGAGGCGGGAAUCAUUGGCGUGGAGAAUCGCCAUGGUGAUCGUGUGGGGAGAGUCAGGUUAGGUGUUGGUGAGGAGGAAAUCAGAGGCGCGUUGAGAGAGGAUGAUGAUUGUAAAGGGUUGGGAUUUGGUAGCCGAUGAUGAUGAUGUGAGAAUGCCUUUGAUGGAUUG